UUUUGAACAGCUAAAAUGGAUAUUCACAAUCAAAAAGCACAGCGUUUGCCUGUCUUUGUUCAACCGGGUGAAAUCAAUUUCAUAGUCGAUAAACCAGAUACCCAAAAAUCUUUGCUGACAAUUUUCAAUCCUUAUCCUUUUCCUAUUUACUUUCGAGUUCUUUGUAAUGCGCCUUCUAAUUAUGCUCUCGGCCUUACUAAAGGAACGAUUCGUGCCGGGUGUUAUAUUGAUAUUACAAUAAGGCACAGAAAUCCAACAGUUAUUGGAAGUGAUUGUUUGAGAAUAGAAAUUUGUUCUUUAAAUGAUUCUGCGGUCAGUAAAAAAUUUUAUUCUUGAGGAGAUUUAUUGGGGGAUAUAGAGAGAUUCCUUUACCGUUUUUUGCCCCCAAUGGCACUAAAAAAAUUUUUAUACGGAAGUUCAAAAUCCACCCAAUCCCUCUUCAAUUUUAGUAUCACUCGCUCAGCUCAGCGAGCCUUCUCGGACAAACUAUACGUUUUUAUCAUUUGAAAUGCCACCCGGGAGCAUUUAAGAGACCGCGACAAAA